AUGACUCUAAUGAUUUGGUUUUUAAUGCUUAUUUUUGAAUCUGCCACUGGGAAGCUGUGUCCCCUUCGUGCUUCCAUUGAUGUGCUAGAAGGAGAAUAUUUUUUCCUUUGUUAUCUUGAGUCAUUGCAAGAACAUUUUCAGGAAGGAGCAUACACAAUAAACUGGUACAAAGAUAAUGCUGGAAAGCAGGAACUGAUCAAGGAAACACACAGAAUUGUUUCCCACAUGAAUUUUCUGGAGUUUUGGCCAGUUGAACUGGGUGACUCUGGGAAUUACUCUGUCAUUCACAGCAAUGGAAAACAAAAUCUCACAAUUCAAAAGUGGACCUUGAAUGUACUUGAAAGAAACAAAAGCAGCUGUUUCAACAAAAAUCAUUUAACUACAGAAAUUAAAAAUGCUGGAACUGGUCAUUCACUGAAAUGCAGUGAUUUGUCUGUCAAUGAAAAUGACAGCAUAGCAUGGUACAAGGACUGUAAGAACUAUGAAAGCGAAACAGAGCGGGAACUGGAUUUUGGAACCUUAACAGUACAGCACUCAGGGAUCUAUACCUGUAAAAUUUUAAUCAGUCAUGAAGGAAAGAUAUACCACAGCACAAAUACAAUUAAGCUGGUAGUAGAAGAAGAUGCACCAGAGGUUGUAACUUUGGAGAUAGUUGGACGUCAUGAAGAAAUUGAAACCGAAAUAGGUAAAGAAGAGAUACUCAAUUGCACAGGAUCCUUGGGUUAUUAUAUGUCAGAAGACACCAGCCUCUAUUGGUUAAUUAAUCAAGAGUUUCCAGAAAAAUGCACAGGUAUCCCUGAGAAUGAACCUUCAAUAUGUGAAGAAGAAUUAAAAAAAUUACGGCUGGGAAACAAGUUCUAUGUCACAAGGCUACUACAGAUUAAAAAAGUAACAGACGAGGACAUGCAUCAUAAUUUCACCUGCAUGUUGCAAGCUGAUGAAAGAACACAAAUUAAAAUAGUGAAACUGAAGAAAGGGAACACCAGAGAUUUGCCUGUGCACAUAUUUACAACUGGAAUGGUCUUUGCUGUACUAUUUCCAUGUGCUGCUGUAGCUGCGGUGUUUGUCUGUGUGAUGUUUAGAGUCGACUUAGUUCUAUUUUACAGGAACGUGUGCAGAAGAGAUGACACUGCUAGAGAUGGAAAAGAAUAUGAUGCAUUUGUGUCUUACCUGAAAGACUGCGUUUCUCCUACUGAAGAAGAGAGAGAAUUUGCUUUGAAGAUAUUGCCCAUGAUAUUAGAAGAAAACUUUGGCUACAAGUUAUGUAUAUUUGAGAGGGAUGUGUCCCCUGGAGGAGCGGUUGUUGAUGAUAUCCAUUCAUUCAUUGACAAAAGCCGAAGAUUAAUCAUUAUACUGAGCCAGAACUACAUUUCUGACAGAGCAAUAUAUGAACUUGAGAGUGGACUGCAUAAAGCCCUAGUUGAAAGAAAAACUAAGAUCAUAUUAAUUGAGUAUAUGCCAAUAAGUGACUACAGUUUCUUGCCAGAAUCACUGUCUCUUUUACCAUCAAAGAGGGUUGUGAAGUGGAAAAAGGAUAAAUCUCUUCCCGUGAAUUCCAGAUUUUGGAAGAACCUUCGGUACCUGAUGCCAGCGAAACCUACCAAGAUAAACAUCAAAGGGCACUAUAAUAAUCUUGACCUAGGCUCACAAGGGGCUCAACCAUGGACUGAGGGCUGUGACUUUAAUGGAUUUGCGUAA